AUGAAACCACACCUGAAGCAAUGGAGACAACGAAUGCUCUGCGGGAUAUUUGCUUGGGGGCUCCUCUUCGUGGCGAUUUUCAUUUACUUCACCGACAGCAGCCCUGCUGAGCCUGCGCCCAGCUCAUUCUCCCUCCUGGAGACCAGGAGGCUCUUGCCCAUGCCAGGGAAGCAGAGGGCUAUCAUGGGCGCCAUGCAGGAGCCCUCCUUGCCCGGCAGCGUAGACGCAAACAAGGGGCUGCUCGAUGGACGUCCCUCUGGCCCCUUCCUCAUGGGUCCGCGUGACCUGCAGAGAUGGGACCAGGUACAAGAUCGUUUUGAAAACGAAGAGCUCUUUUCACCCCAGGCCAGGAAAAAGUCUCAAAGUGCUUUCCACCCGGGGGACGAUGACUACUUUUUUGCUGCUGGUCAGCCAGGGUCGCGCACCCACACUCAGGGCACGUCGAGGUCCCUUUUCCCCGGGGACGUAGACUGGCGCGAGGGGGUGUCGCCGGCUCUUGAGGCCCAUAGAGGGCCGGUGAAAAAGAGGCACCGGCAGCAGGGAAGGAGGCAUGUGUUGGAUGAAGGCGACGACGGGGACAGGCUGUACUCCUCCAUGUCCAGGGCCUUCCUUCACCGGCUCUGGAAGGGAAAUGUCUCCUCUAAGAUGCUCAACCCGCGCCUGCAGAAGGCGAUGAAGGAUUAUCUGAGCGCCAACAAGCACGGCGUGCGCUUCCGCGGCGGCGCCCCCGCCGUGCCGCUUGGCCAGCUCCACCCGCGCGGCCUGCGCAGCUGCGCCGUCGUCAUGUCUGCCGGCGCCAUCCUCAACUCUUCCUUGGGGGAGGAGAUAGAUUCCCAUGAUGCAGUUUUGAGAUUUAACGCUGCUCCUACCCGUGGCUAUGAGAGAGAUGUCGGCAAUAAAACCACUGUGCGUGUCGUGAAUUCCCAGAUUCUGACCAAUCCCAACCAUCACUUCAUUGACAGUUCAUUGUAUAAAGAUGUCAUUUUGGUGGCCUGGGACCCUGCUCCUUAUUCUGCAAACCUAAACCUGUGGUACAAGAAGCCAGAUUACAACCUGUUCACUCCAUAUGUUCAGCAUCGCCAGAGAAACCCAAAUCAGCCAUUUUAUAUUCUUCAUCCUAAAUUUAUAUGGCAGCUUUGGGACAUUAUCCAGGAGAACACUAAGGAGAAGAUUCAGCCCAACCCACCAUCUUCUGGCUUCAUUGGCAUCCUUAUCAUGAUGUCCCUGUGCAGCGAGGUGCAUGUGUAUGAGUACAUCCCGUCCGUCCGGCAGACGGAGCUUUGCCACUACCACGAGCUCUACUACGACGCGGCCUGCACACUCGGGGCGUACCACCCGCUGCUCUACGAGAAGCUCCUGGUGCAGCGCCUGAACACGGGCGCCCAGGGCGACCUGCACCGCAAGGGGAAGGUGGUCCUGCCGGGGCUGCGGGCCGUGCGCUGCCCCGCACCCGACUCUUGA